AUGGCUAAGCGCUCAGAAUACACGCGCGAAGAGGGCAGCGAAGUGAAACUUCUUCACUAUGUCUUCGGACAACCCGAUAUCGACCAGAUCCGCGGUCAUCCCGAUAAAGUCCUCAAUCUCAUUGAAGAGUUCGGCCAGAAAUAUUGGUUCGCCAAUGUCGGCCGGCCUAAAGGCGAUAUCGUCGUCAGCCUCAUCGAAGAACUUCGACCGCGAAAGAUGAUUGAACUUGGCGGCUACGUGGGCUAUUCUGCCAUCCUCUUCGGGAACGCCGUGCGUCGUCACGGAGGACAGCAAUACAUCAGCCUCGAACUGAAUCCUGAGUUUGCUGCGGUGGCUAAUAUUCUCAUUGAGCUGGCCGGCCUGCGGGACUUUGUGCACACUAUCAUUGGUCGUAGUGAUGAGUCGCUGAAAAGGCUCUACACGAGUGGAGAAGUCGAGCACGUGAACCUCAUGUUCAUCGAUCACUAUAAGCCUGCUUAUACCACCGAUGUGCAGCUGUGUGAAGAAUUAGGCAUGAUUCGGCCAGGCUCCGUCCUCGUUGCUGAUAACGUGGUCUUUCCUGGGAACCCGCCCUAUUUAAAGUAUGUACGAAGUACUGUAGAAGAAAAACGAGAAUUGGCACGAUCUAUGGCAUCAAGGAAAACUUUCAACACGGAUGGGUUUUCAGAGCGGACGAUCUCCAAAUAUUUGGGCGCGGAAUCUGCACCCAAGUUCGAUGUCAUUGGAAACCCCAACUUGGUGUACCACAGUGUUCUGAAACAACCUGAAGGAGACGCGGACGCCCUUGAGAUCACCAAGUGUGUGAGAAUUGAGGAAAUUGCUUGA